ACUUCAUUAAAAAAUCCCAAAAAAUCGGGAUCGGAUAUCGUCAUAAAAAUACGAGAAAUAUAUAAUAUUUGAUCACAUAAAUAUAUAUUAUUAUAUUCUCAAUCAUGGGCGAAGUGUCAUUAGAGACCACAGCUUACGCUAAGAUCAUACUACAUGCAGCGAAAUACCCGCAUUGUGCAGUAAACGGGGUGCUUCUGGCAGACGCCACAAAAAUUCGCGAUGGGGCAAAAAACCAGGACCUGGAUAUUGUGGACACCGUGCCCCUGUUUCAUCAUAGCCAUUAUUUGUCACCUAUGGCUGAAAUUGCCCUCACACAGAUAGAAACAAUGGCACAGGCCAGUAACCGCAUUAUUGCUGGCUAUUAUGCGGCAUGUGAAAACUUCCACGACAACUCGGUGGACAAGUGUCCGGGGCAGAAGAUUGCUGAGAAGAUAGUAGACCACUUCCCGUCUGCUGUGUUUGUAGUGGUGGACAACAGGAAAAUGGUGCAGCACUUGGACACCCCGGCCAUCAAGCUUCACAAGUAUGUGGAGGGAAAGUGGAAACUCAAGGAUGCCACCAAAGUGCUGUUCCAAACCCCGUACGUGCUGGAGACGGUGUCCCAGCUGCUGCAGAGCGAGGUGCAGCGCGCGCUGGUUGACUUCGACAACUACCUGGACGACGCCACGCAGGACUGGACGAACCUCGGCAUCGAGAAGCUGGUCGCCAGUAUCGACGCGAGCAAUGACGACUGUAAGGACAAGGACUAUCGAUAGAAACGGAUAGCUUAGCAUUUUGAUACAAUGAUAGUGUGUCCGAGUAGGAUUUCGUACAUGAGUAGAUUUUCAAGUGAUAAGUAAACGUAUCUACCAACGAAAUUCUGACUUUGCAUCAGUUAGGAAAAUUGAUAGCUAAUACAGGUUUUCUUAUUAUAAAUUUAAUAAGUAUUAUUGUAAAAGUUAAAAAUUACUAAUUUUUAAAUUUUUUAGUAGCCUAUAAUACGGUAUAUAUUUUUGUAACCCUAUGACAGUAAAACUUUAUUUAAUCAUACCAAGUGGCACAGUUCGCCAUCAGAUAUGUCGGAGCGGCCGAGGUGCUCACAAGUGUUUACAAUGGUGUGUAAAUAUUUGUACAGGCGUGUACAGAUAUUUUUGAGCAUCUCUGCCGCUCCGACAUAUCUGAUGGCGAUUAUACUUAUUCCCAAAAACACUAUUAAUAAUUGUAUUUAUUAAUAUCAUUCCAAUCAGCCCAUUAUAAAUUUUUAUACUAUUAAAUUACUAUUUCAUAUAGUAUAAAAAUAAUCAUACAUAUAAGGAGCUACCUAAAUAGUAAAUUAUGUUUAAGAAUAGUUUUUUCUGGUAUUUGGUUGUUUACGUUAUAUUAUAACUUAACGCUAAGGUGAGGUUAUUUAUGUAAAUUAUAGAAAAUAUAAUAGAAUAUAUUUGAAUACAUUUUUGUUCGCACGAGUAAAUAUGUGUAUGUAUUGAUUAAAUAUGUUAUUAAAGUGAUGUUCCACCAA